UCGCUUCUAGUCAAGUUUUCAUAUGAAUCAGUAUAUUGCUAGAGUUGGUGAGCGAUUCAACGCCGUGACGCAGAAAAAAGUUACGCUUUACGACGUGGUUUGUUUGAAAAAAUCUUUAAAAUAAAUCAAGUAGAUAGAAGCAAUAAGAAUAAACGUCCCUAUUGCGAAUAACAUACAUAUCUAUAAAGAACAUUAUUCGUAAAAUAAUUUGUUCACAUAAAUGGAGGAAGAAAUACACAGUUGCGAAGAGGAGCAAAUGGUGGAGGACGAUGGUCAUGAGUACACAGGCCCUGGCGAACAGGAGGUAGAAAAGCCGACCAAAGACGAAUACAAGGUCGCCAAAUGGAUGAAAAAGAACGUAAAAACAAAGAAAACCAAAUUUCUCAGCCACAAUGUGGAGUAUUUCUCCUCGAAUAAGGCCAUUGAUGCAUUGAUGAAGUCAAAGUUCGCCACCGGCGAUGAUGCACUUUUUACCACACGUGAACAGGCCAUUGAAUUUUUGGAUGCCAUGUUGGAGCAUAAAUUUUUCCAUCGCGCCAAAAAAGUGCCUGUCUCCCUGGAUGAAAUGCGUGGUGCUGGCAGCGCUGCCGGUAGCAAAACAACGAAAAACAAAGCUGAUGAAAAAGAGCAUAAGAGCAUUGGUAAAAAAGAAAAGGAAGAGAAGAAAGAUACUGAAGCUGAGGGUGAAGCAAGCGGUGGCAAUGGCGCUGGUGAUGGCAAUAACAGCGCCGGUGCUGGCAACGGCGGCGAGAAGAAGGAGAAACGCAAGCGUAAGAUCCGGCUGGAUAUGCAUCAUGAACAGGUAUUUGUGGACGGCUCUGAGGCAUAUGUUUGGAUUUUCGACCCCAUCCCAUUACACUAUUGGAUCUAUGGCCUGAUAUUGCUAUUGGGCGCUAUUGUGAUUUGCCUGUUCCCGCUAUGGCCACCGCUAUUGCGCAAAGGAGUCUACUACCUUUCAGUAGCGGCCGCUGGAUUCCUUGUAGUUAUAUUAGCGCUGACGGUGAUACGCCUCAUCAUCUUCACAAUUGUUUGGGCAUUGACUUAUGGAAAAGUGCAUUUCUGGCUGCUGCCGAAUUUGACCGAGGAUGUGGGAUUCUUUGCCUCAUUUUGGCCACUCUACGAGACCAAAUAUGUGACCGAAGAUGAAAAAUCGAAAAGCGCCGAAAAGCGUUCCAAAUCGAAGUCUAAGAAGAAGGACAAGGACAGCGAUGCAGAGGAUGACACUGCCCCCGAAGCGAUACCACUGGAACCGGAAAAGAUUGAAGAGGUGAAGGAGCAUGAUGCUGAGAUCGAAUUGCGGCGUCGCAAUGUCGCACAAUCGGUGGCUAGUGCCAACUCAGUAGCCGCUGAAAAUGAGUCGCAGAGCAGUGUCGGCAGUGGCGGUGACAAUAGCGAAGUGGCCGCAGUGUCGGACGCUAAAGGGUGAGAUCUAGUUUUUUUUUGGCGGCACGUUGAGUUUGUGCGAUUUUUUUUGUGUGCGCAUUUACUUGAGGCCUGCCAUUUAUAUUUGGCAUACAUACAUAUAUAUUUAUGUUUGUAUGUUUAUGCAAAUCAUGCUCUCUUCCUAGUACAUCUUAGUAUCCUUUUAAAUCUCUUAUAAUCAUAGCAUUAUAAAUAAUACAUAUUUUUUAGUUGCAUGCUGUUAAUUUGCUCGAAUCUAAUUUGUAGUUUGCAUUUAUGCGCACGCGCAUAUUUUAUUAAUUUUAUUUCUUUGAUGACCAAAUUUUAUAAUCGUUUUAGAAUUUUACUUUAUUUAUAAAAUUUAUAUUUAUUAAUCAUAAAUAAAUAAUGGCAAAUAUAUGAACUUGUGAAAAACGGUUACGGAGGAUUACUUAAUUUUGAACUGGUUAAGUGGAAUUUAUUUUGACGCUAAUUAACUUUGUAAGCCUAGUUUUGAAAAAUAACCUUAUUGAUUUGUAAUUUUCUCACUAAUACAACCCCAAUCAUUUGCCUUCAUAUAUUAUUUUUAAUUUUUGUCUAAAAUGCUUUUGCUUAUCAUUUUUGAAAACUAAACUUGUUUAAAGCGUUUUACGUGGUGGUCUAAAUUGCAUACUAACCCUCAUUUCGAUUCCUGAAAAAAAGCAGAAAAUGUUAAUCUAACAGCUUUCACGCCCGGCAGGCAAUGGCAAACGUGUCUUCUGCCAUAAAAAUUGUUCUCAUAAUAUCCAAUCUUCUAAUCGGAAGCGUUUUUAAACUGUAGGCCCUUAAUUUCAAUCAAAUUUCAAGUCAAACAUAUGUAACAGCUUAGUUCUGCCUUCUGUUGUGCAAGAUGAACAGCUUCGGUUUCUCCGAAUGUUGUAGACCCAUUUCCAUCUCUUGGCUAUUUUGUAAUAUGUAUAUCUACCACAAAGUAUGCAUAUUCUUCAAAAAAAAAAAAUACUCGCAGAAUUGGCUUCUUUCAGAUGAAGCUUAAAAAUCGAGCUUAAAAAAUUCUUUGAAGCUCGAGCUCCCCAGCAUCAUUUCGUAUUUAGUCUCUCAAACUUCUUAACUAAUUUUCUUUAUUAUUUAAACUUUUUUUGUGCCAGCUUCCGAAAAAAAAUUGGUUCAAACGAUUCG